GCAAUCAUGGAGGGUGACCAAACUUGGAGGCCCGGACAUGAGGGGCAAUCAAUCCAACCCGAUUAAAUACGAGGCCACCCAACGCUUCUUCCCCCCACGGCUGCCUCUGCGCAUUGAGAGAGUCCACCUCUAGAGUACAGGAAGCAGGGAGGGGAGGGAAGAAGAAGAAGAAGGCGACGAUGUCGUGGCAAGCAUACGUCGAUGAGCACCUGAUGUGCGACAUCGACGGCAACCAUCUUACCGCGGCUGCGAUCAUUGGCCACGACGGUAGCGUCUGGGCUCAGAGUGAUACCUUCCCCCAGUUUAAGCCUGAAGAGAUUGCUGGUAUCAUGAAUGACUUUGCCGAGCCGGGGUCACUGGCACCGACCGGAUUAUACCUUGGAUCGACCAAGUACAUGGUGAUCCAAGGUGAGCCUGGGGCUGUCAUCAGAGGGAAGAAGGGUUCUGGAGGAGUUACUAUAAAGAAAACGAACCUGGCUUUGGUCAUCGGAAUCUAUGACGAGCCAUUGACCCCUGGUCAGUGCAACAUGAUUGUUGAAAGGCUUGGAGAUUACCUCAUCGAGCAGGGGCUCUAGCUCUUUACAUCCAGUGUGGAUUUUCAUUUAUUUGGGCAUUGUGAUUCCUUUUAUAUAAAGCUUGCACCAGACAUUAAAAGUUGUUGCGGUGAAUAAUUUAUAGUUGGGUUUUUUUUGUGGGACAUGAUUAUUUUUCCCUUUAGUGCGCAGGGGUGAAAUGGUAUAUUUUGAUUCCACAUUUUCUGCAGGCUCUGUAUCUUGUCUGUGAACCAUAUAUUGGUUUUUGAGUAAAUGGAAAUAUUAUAGAAGAUUUUGGUAA